GUAAACAAGCGAUAUUUGCGAAAACAUCGCAUGUCUUUACCAUGUUUCUGUGUUUUUAAAGAUAUGCAUUACGUAGUUAUUUGACAAAAUGGAUCCAUCAAGAAGCUGUAUUGUAUUUUCUUUAAUGACAUAUCAGUUAUUUUAAAAAGCACAAAGUUUAUCUAAUGCGAGAAGACGACGGCUACAUCGUACGUCUUAUUGCACUGACUGAGCAAUUUGAAGUAUGUACACGUGUGAUAUUGACGAUUGUACAAUUUCUACCAUAGCUAACUUAGUUUACACGCAUAAAACAUUACGCAUUACUUCUGUACCAAAUACCAUAUCAGAUCUGUAGAGCAAAAAAACUGGCAAAUAUGAAACAUAAAUUGUUAUUGCUGGUGUGAUGUUGAUCGAGUUUGCGUACGAACGUUUUUUCUGCAGCGAUGAAUUAUAACAUGUAACAUAGACUUCCUAUGUGUAUUUCACAGUGCUGUCAGAAUCCAAUUAUGUCAUUUUUCGCGCUGUUCUGUUUCCUGAGCGCUAGGAAUUGUGGGAUAUGGAAGUGGUAAUGGAAAUGGAAUCGUGCAAGCCACCAUCGUUGCUGACUCGCUUCAGCUGAAGGCAGGAGAUCAGUACCGAGGGAGCGGCGGCACUGCAGCGAGGCAGGUGGGGGCGCUGGCUCUGUGCUGAGGAGGCCCACUCUGAAGGGCCGCACCCAGUCAGCGCGGCACCAUGCUGGUGACCAGCUACGUCGCAUUCCUGCUGCUCCUGGCCCUCUGCCUAGGGCUGGAGCUCACCGCCAGGCGCGCCGUGCCCGUGCAGCCCGUGCCAACGGCCUCUACCAACCCCUCCUUCCGUGGCUUCCAGACACUCUUCCUGAGGGGCUACCUGCUGGCGCUGUGGGCCGACUGGCUGCAGGGCCCCUACCUCUACAAGCUGUACCGGCACUACAGCUUCCUGGAGUCGCAGAUUGCCAUCCUGUAUGUGUGCGGCCUGGCCUCCUGCGUGCUGCUGGCCCCUGCUGCCGCCUGGCUGCCACAGGCGCUGGGUCGCCGGCGGACCUGCCUGCUCUUCUGCAUCGCCUACUCUGCCUGCUGCCUCACCAAGCUCUCCCGCAGCUACUUCGUCUUGCUGUUCGGCCGAAUCCUGGGUGGCCUUUCCACUUCUCUGCUCGCCACUGCCUUCGAGGCUUGGUAUGUGCACCGUCACCUGGAGGUGCAUGACUUCCCCGCAGAGUGGAUCCCCAGCACCUUCACCCGGGCCGCCAGCUGGAACCACGGGCUGGCGGUGGCUGCGGGGCUGGUGGCUAACCUGCUGGCGGAGUGGCUUGGCCUGGGUCCUGUGGCCCCCUUCCUGCUGGCCGUUCCAUGCCUCACUGCCUGUGGCUGGGUGCUCAUCUCGCACUGGGGCCAGGAGGAACGGGAGAAAGGGCCGCAGGUUGAGAAGCCCAGUCCCCUGCUGGCGGCACCGAGUGCCGCACCCGCGAGAGGCCCGACCCAGGCUCGGUUCACACGCAGCUGCAUGGAGGGUCUGCGCUGCCUGUUGUCUGACCGGCGCGUGCUGCUGCUCGGGGCAGUGCAGGCCCUCUUCGAGAGUGUCCUCUACAUCUUUGUGUUUCUGUGGACCCCAGUCCUGGACCCCCACAGCCCCCCACUGGGCAUCAUCUUCUCCUGCCUGAUGGCAGCUAGCAUGGCGGGAUCGUCGUUGUACCGCUUGGCCUCCUCGGCCCGCUACCGGCUGCAGCCGGGCCAGCUGCUGUGCCUGUCGGUGCUGCUGGCUUUCUUUUCCUUCUUCAUGCUGACGUUCUCCACAGUGCCUGGGCAGCCGCGGCCCGGCGAGUCCUUCCUGGCCUUCCUGCUGCUGGAGCUGGCCUGCGGCCUGUACUUCCCGGCGGUGAGCUUCCUGCAGGGCCGCAUCAUCCCCGAGGAGCGUAGGACCGCCGUGCUGACCUGGUUCCGCCUGCCGCUGCACCUGCUGGCAUGUCUGGGUCUGCUGGCGCUCCACGGGGAGGUUUCCGGGACGGGUGGAGGUGAGGGAGGCGCCGGCACCAGGCACAUGUUUGGAGGCUGUGCGGCCAUGAUGCUCGCCGCCCUGCUGGCCGUGAUCAGCCUCUUCACCCUAAGUCGGCAUGACAGUGACCUUCGUUUGGAGUCAGUUCAGGGAGAAGGAGAUAUAUGAUUCCUGAUAAUCUAAACCCACCCCGCCCCCCCCGGGAUGCUUUUUGGAACACAGAGUGUGCACUGCAUUGUCAAUAUGGCUAAAUCAUUUAAGCAACUUUGAGACUCUCUUCACAUGACAUUUGUAACUGGACGGUGGGGGAUCAUUACCAGUAGCAGACACCUUCAGAUCCUGGAUUCCCCAUCGGAGAGGAACCCCAGCACUCGGAUCCCUUCUGGUUUCCUCCUCUGAGCUGGACCACGCUGUUCCUUCCCCCACUGGAGGUUGCAGCAGCUGUGAAGUCGCCAGCGUUGGAAAAGAAGGCUGACGAUGACUCAUUUGGCGUCUCAAGCGAGCUGUAGAGAGGCCCCGCGGCACCCAGGCUGCACCAGUGACACGCGCCAUCCGAAAGCUGCCCUCUCUGUGAAGCCCUUACAGUCAAAACACAAAGGAUGCUGAUCUCUAGUUGGGGACUGGAUCAGAGUCCAUAGACAGCAGCUGUGUUUAGCAUUUUAAAACACGUUUCAAUGGAAACUGUUUUAUAGCAGUGAAAAUAAAAUGUGCCUGACAUUGAGUGUUUUUCUCUAAAUUCAUGCAGGAUGGUUGUUUUUAUGCUGCUGGUGUGGGAUAACUUAAUGACCAAAAGUAGGGCUUGACAACUGAUGAACAUUUUAGCCUUUAACCUGGAACCAUUUUUCAAAUAGUACUUAUUAUUAUUUAUUAUCAUUUUCUUCUUAAUUGAGUGGAAAACCCAUUAAUCUGAUUUACAGCAGAUCCUACCCUAUGGCAGUGUGUCCCAGUCUGAUCUCAUACACAGAGAGGGAGGGGAAACGUGGAUCGGCUGUGGAUUCCCGAGCACCAGGCUGGGAAACACGCCCCUAAGGUCUCACACCAUUACUAUUCCUCUAACACACUGAGCAUCUGCUAGUUUACUUUCUCCUCUCCUGGUCAUUUGUACGAGGGUGGAAGCAGCACAAAUUAUCAAAUUUGAAUUUGAUGAAAAAAUUUAUUUCAAUCCUACAGCAUACUAGCUUCCUGCAUGAUUCUUAACCCAAAUCACUUUGGUAUGUAAAUAUCCAGUUACUGGUUUAAAAAGUUGUGUAAGAUAUGUUAAUUAAAAUCUUUUAUGGGAAAAUAA